UCGGUUCCUCCUUACCUGCGCUUCGUGGGCUCCGUCUCUGUGAAGCCACUCUCCACAGAUACCGUCAUGACACUGGUUCAGGAGAUCUGGAAGGAGAAGACGAAGCACGUGCUGGUCGAGGAAGAGCGCGGACGGCCUCAGAUGGCCUUGGACGUUUUCCUCAACGAGAAGUUCCUGCCGACGAAGGCUCUGAGCCGCCCAGAGCAGAUGGAGGUCAUGUACAACUUUCUUUUAGCUGUGCGGCAGAGCACUACCUUGCAGGAUCCGACCAAGGAGGAAG